AGAAAUGAGAAGGGGGUGAGGUAAUUUUGAUGAUCAGUUAGGAGAUAUAAUUUUUUUUCUGAAUUUUUAAUGCUUAUGUUCUUCGAAUUACUAACUCGCGUCGGAGGACGGGUCGAUGGAUUCAGUUAAAGAAAAGUAAAGUAUUUACCUCUUGGAACUUAGCACCGGUCCACCGCGCGCCCUCGUCCUCUCCAGCUCCGCCAACCGGCAGGCCGGCACGCGUCGUGAGCCGUGUCCACCGCGGCGUUCAGCCCAUCCGGCUCCAGCCCCCAUCGUCGUCCUCGUUUCCCCGCGGCCGGCCGGACGGCACCCCAGCCCCGGCGGCAAGUACGCCUGCCCGGCCAGCCGGAGGUCAAGGCGACGGCGGCCUGAAGGAUGGACCUUUGGAAGCUCGGUGGGUUAGUGGUGUACCUGGUUUGUCCGGCAUGAUGACACGUCUUGUUCUGGACUGGUUCGCCGUUCCCCGCGCGCGCGUCCAUCCGUGCACGACCGGGCCGGGGAGCGGAGGGGGGCAGGAAAAGAAGGCGAGCCGCUGCUUCCCGUGCCUCCCCCCUCCUAUAAAAAAGGUCCCCCAUGGAGGCAUGGACGGGGCAGCUCUACAGCGAAGCAAAGCCUUCCACAGUCUUCGUCAAUCCUUCCACAGCUCGCCCCACCUGCUCUCCUCUACAGCCCAAAGGACGCCAUGGCGGAUGCCGUCGAGCGCUUGAAGGCCGGGUUCGAGCAGUUCAAGGCCGAUGUCUACGACAAGAAGCCGGAGGUGUACGAGCCGCUCAAGGCCCACCAGUCCCCCAAGUACAUGGUGUUCGCCUGCUCCGACUCCCGCGUGUGCCCGUCGGUGACCCUGGGCCUGCAGCCCGGCGAGGCCUUCGCUGUCCGCAACAUCGCCAGCAUGGUCCCACCCUACGACAAGACCCGGUACGCCGGCGUCGGGUCCGCCAUCGAGUAUGCCGUCUGCGCGCUCAAGGUGGAGGUCAUCGUGGUCAUCGGCCACAGCCGCUGCGGCGGGAUCAAGGCGCUCCUCUCGCUCCAGGACGGCGAGCCCGACAAGUUCCACUUCGUCGAGGAAUGGGUCAGGAUCGGCGCCCCCGCGAAGACAAAGGUGCAGGCCGACCACGCCUCAGCCCCCUUCGAGGACCAAUGCUCCGCGUUGGAAAAGGAGGCCGUCAACUUGUCCCUUGAGAACCUCAAGACCUACCCGUUCGUCAAGGAAGGGCUGGAGAAGGGGACCCUCAAGCUGGUCGGCGGCCACUACGACUUCGUCUCCGGCAAGUUCGAGACCUGGGAUCCAUGAGUGGCCAACCAGGCUAGCUGUUUAAUCACGUACGGCUACACCAUACAUAUGUGCUCCCGAUCGAUACGUCUGACUGCGUGGAGCAGUACUACUAAUUUGCCCCUAUACACACAUACCGGAUUGCUCUUUUGUGAACUGUAAUAAGCAAUACAAUUUUUUGUCGCGGAGUUCUUUUUUUUGUAAUAUAUGAUGCAUAAUUUGAUCGACGUGUGGUCAAAAGACAUCAGCUCUUUUCAUUCAUAUUAUCAUGAAGAGAGAAAGGGUUUACCUUUUUAUGCUACC